AGAGGCUGCGCGCCAUUGCCGCUUCGCCCACAAUGUCGUCUACCGGCGGUGAAAUUGGCAAGGCCAAGAAGGAAUCCAACAGCUCCGUAUCCAGCUUCGUCUCGACACUCAUCCCCGCGGCGCUGCUCGCCUUUGCCUUUGUGACGGCGUUUUUCAUCGCCCGCAAAUAUUUCCGCAGAGUGUACGCGCCCAGGACGUACCUCAACCAUCUGGGCAAGCAGCGCCAGACGCCACCGCCCAGUCCAGGCCUCUUUGGCUGGAUCAAAGACUUUGCAGGCCUCAAGGAUGAAUACAUUCUCGAUCACCAGUCCAUUGACGGCUAUCUGUUUGUGCGCUUCUUCAAGGUCCUGAUCGUUACCAGCUUCCUGGGUUGUCUGAUCACCUGGCCCGUUCUUUUUCCCGUCAAUGCCACGGGUGGGGCCGGCCAAACGCAGCUCGACCUGUUGUCCAUGAGCAACGUCGACCCCAAGGGCACCAAUGUCAACCGCUACUAUGCUCACGCUGUAAUCACCUUCAUCUUUCUCUCAUUGGUCCUGGUCAUCAUUGGCCGCGAGUCUUUCUUCGUCGUCAACCUACGCCAAGCAUACCGCCGCUCACCAUGGGGCGCCAGCCGCUUGUCCUCGCGCACUAUCUUGUUCACCAAUGUGCCCACGGAUCUUUCGCAGGCCGCCCUGUUUGAAAUGUUCCCUGGUGUUAAGCACGCAUGGGUUGCCUCAGACACCAAGGAGCUGGACGAGCUGGUUGAGGACCGUGACGAGACCGCCAUGAAGCUGGAAGACGCAGAGGUUGAGCUGCUGACCAACGCCAACGCGAACCGCAUCAAGGCCGAGAAGGGCAAGAAGCACUUUGUCGCUGCCGAUGUCAAUGAUGGCACCAAAUGGAUCGACCCCAAGAAGCGACCAACACACAGGCUCAAGUUUCUGAUUGGCAAGAAGGUCGAUACUAUCGAAUAUGGCCGCUCUCACCUCGCCGAGCUCAUCCCCAAGAUCACCGAGGAGCAGGACAAGCACUGGAGUGGCGAGGGCGAUCUCGUUGGAGCCGUCUUUAUCGAAUUCGAGACACAGAGGCUCGCGCAGGAUGCCUGGCAAAUGAUGCAGUCGAGGAAGACGAGGCCCAACAAGAAGCUCAAGGCACGCCAGCUCGGUGUUAUGCCCCAGGAGGUCGUUUGGGGCAAUCUGCGCAUCAAGCCGGCCGAGCACCUUGUCCGAUGGUUUCUGGCUACCGCUUUCAUCACCGUCAUGGUCAUCUUUUGGGCCAUUCCAGUUGCAUUUGUCGGUCUUAUUUCCAACAUCAAUUAUCUGGCCGAGCGCUUCACUUGGCUCGAUUGGAUCCUGGAUAUUCCCAAGGUCAUCCUGGGUGUGAUCACUGGUCUGCUGCCUGCUGUCCUUCUUGCCGUUCUCAUGGCCUUGGUUCCCAUUGUGUGUCGCUUGAUGGCCAAGCUGGCCGGUUAUGUCACGUACAGCCAGAUCGAACUCAAGACGCAGAACUGGUACUUUGCCUUCCAGGUUGUGCAGGUCUUCCUUGUCGCUACCCUGUCUAGCGCCGUCACCUCCGUCAUCAACAAUGUGCUCAACGACCCGGGCAGCGUGCUCACGCUUCUCUCGACCAACCUUCCCAAGGCCUCCAACUUCUACAUCAGCUACUUUAUCCUCUUGGGUCUGUCUUCGGCUGCCGGCACGCUGCUCAACAUUGGUGGCUUCGUGGUCGUCGUCCUCCUUGGCCGUGUCCUUCCUGGCAAGACUCCCCGCAAGAUUUUCGAAAAGCUCACCAAGCUUUCCGCUCCAUCAUGGGGCUCGGAGUUUCCAAAGUGGAUCAACUUGGGCGUCAUCGCCUUGACAUACGCUGGCAUCGCCCCUUUGAUUCUCGGUUUCGCAACAGUCGGUUUCUCGCUCGUCUACAUUGCCUUCAGAUACAACUUCCUGUACGUCUACGAGACCGACUUGGACACUAAGGGUGAUGCGUACCAAAAGGCACUCCGCCAGCUGCUCACGGGCGUCUAUCUGUCCGAAAUCUGUCUCAUUGGUCUCUUCGCCAUCGCCACGGGCAAGAACAUCCAAGCCGUAGGCCCACUCAUCAUCAUGUGCAUCAUGCUCUUUUUGACACUCGUUUUCCAAUUUACGCUGAAAUCCGCCCUCAAGCACGAAGAAGCACGCCUCGCGUACGCUGACGUCACUCCCACGCACGGCGGCCUCGUGCACCACCAUGAAGAAGCCGGCAUCAACGCCCCCAACACGGAGAAAAACGGUGCCACGGCCUCGUCGCCCACGCACGAGCCCAAGCCCUCGCGCAUGCCCGCCUUCCUGCGCAACCUGCUCAACCCCGAAAGCCACUCUCUCAGCGCCCUAUCCGCCUCGCUCGACCAAUUCUACCACACGCCCCAGGACCCGCUGCCCACGGAAAUCCAGAAACGAGCCUUCUUCAACCCCUCGAUUACCAGUCCCACGCCCGUCAUCUGGAUCGUAAAAGACGACAUGGGAAUCAGCACGCGCGAGAUCCAGGACUCGCAGAAGAUUGUUCCCGGCCUCGUCAUCACCGACGAGCAGGCGACGUUUAAUGAAAAGGGCAAGGUCUACUGGCAUGGUGUUGAGGAUGGCCAGUCCAGGGAGGCCCCCGUGUUUGACGAGCGCAUUGCUUAUUAAAUUGCAUCCUACGGCCGUUGUUACAUGCAUGCAUAGUUUAUACCAAGUAUGCGUUGUUUGAAGGAUGGAAGAUACCUGGAGUUUUAUACCCCCACUCUUUUCUUUUCUUUUCUUUUUUCCUUCUAUUCUCUAUAUAUCCGCAGGAAACCAACACGUUUAUUCAGCGUUCUUUUCUUUUCAAUCUCCCC